ACGCAGAUUUUGAACGGCUUUACAUCGGCGGUGAGAGCGCCGGAGCUUCCCUCGCUCACUACGUAGUAAUGCGCGCCGGUAAAGAGAGCUUACCCAACAAUGUCAAGAUCAGCAGAGCCUUCUAUACCCAUCCGUACUUCUGGGGUUCAGAGGCCGUCGGUUCUGAACCCACUGAAAACCGCGAGAAGCUACUGCAGUACAGGGUGUGGACAUAUCUGUACCCAACAGUGCCGGGUGGGAUUGACAGUCCGAUGAUAAACCCGGUGGCACCAGGGGCGCCGUCGCUGGCCGGACUAGGGUGUUCGAAGCUGCUGGUGAGUGUUUCGGAGAAGGAUAUUCUGUGGAGCAGGGGAAUAUCGUUUUACAAUGCGGUGAAGGAAAGCGGGUGGAAAGGGGAAGCGGAGUUGAUUGAAGUUGAGGGAGAAGGCCAUGCGUUUCACAUUGUCAAUUAUGAGUCUGAGAGUGCCAAGAAAUUCAUAGUUCGCUUGGCUUCUUUUCUCAAGUAAAUUGGUGGCAAUGUGUCAUCAUCUUGCCUUUUAACUUUCAGUUGGGUUUUGUUUUUGCACUUUUGUGUUCAACUUUUAAUUAAUCUGAGUAAUUUUGUUUUUGUGUUUUUGAAAAGAUAUAUGUGGGAGAUUUUAAUAAACUUUUCGUCAGUAU